UUGUGUGUCGUGUGUGUAAAAUUAUAUAUAAAUAUGAAUCUUUUGGACUACAGAGACUCCUAAUAAUAAAGUCAUAUACGUACGCGCGGGAAGCCUUACUCGUACAUUCAGUUAAAACUUAAAGUCGUAAUUUCCAUUUGAAUAACAUUAGUCAAAGUCAUAGAAGAAAAAAACAAAUUUCCCAUCAUGUGCGCACAAUUUGCAGAGUUGAGUGCACAAUCAGUUUCGAAGAUAAUUCUGUUGGAGUAACACAUGUAAUACUUUUUUCUGAAUCCGAAGAUCAAUUAUACCGUGAUUGCGUUUCAUAUUCAUCAGAAGCAUGGAGAAGUACGUCGUGAACAGAUUUCCUUUACAAGACGAGUACAAGAAGCAGACAGGGAUCAGUCCGCAGGACAUCGCCAGGCUGCGACAGUGGCUCGCCACGCAGCCGCAUCUGCCACAAGACGUCACAGAUCUGGAUCUAAUCCUCGUAUACCACUGCUGCAACCGCAGCACGGAGAUGUCCAAGCAGGUCGUCGACCUGCACUUCACGCUGCGGUCGUUAUUCACCAAGCUUUUCAAAGACCGCUUCUAUGACGAUCGGAUAGAAAAUAUACUCAACUUAAUAUUAAUCAAGCCUCUUCAAUUGCGAACGAAGGAGGGAUACACCGUUUUGUACACAUGCUUCCUUGAUACGGACCCCAAGAAAUUUGUCUUCGCUGAAACUAUCAAGUCAGUCCUUAUGCUAAUCGAUCUGUGGCAGUUUGAAGAAGGCACAUGGCCUGGCUUUAUAAUCAUCUUUGAUCUGGCGGGCAUGAAACUUGGACAUCUCUCCAAAAUAGAUUUGCACGUCAUGCAGCAGUUUUUGUUUUACUUGCAGGAAGCCAUGCUGGUAAAAUUUAAGGGCAUGCAUUUCUUAAACGCACCGCCGUUCAUGGACAAACUGAUGAUGUUGAUCAGGCAAUUCAUGAAGAAGGAACUCCUUGACGUAGUGAGAAUCCAUCAGAUCGGCUCCGACUCUCUGGACGCUUACUUCCCCAUACAAGGCCUUCCCAAAGAUGCUGGUGGGCAGUACAAAAGCUAUGCGGAGUGCAAAGAGGAAGUAAUAUUAAAGAUGAGAGCAAACAAACAUUACUUCGAAGAAGAAAACAAGAAGAGAUUGACGGAAUCUCUGCGUCCUGGCAAUCCGAAGACCAUCACAGACAUCUUCGGAGGCGUCGAGGGGUCGUUCAAAAAGUUGGAAAUAGAUUAAUAUAAUUUAUAAUACGUCUAAAUUGUGUAUAUAUAAAGUUUAAUUUUGCUUACAUCCAGUUCGGGAACAUAAGCAUUGCCGAAGGCUGAAAAAAGGGGGGAAGCUGACGCCUUUAAGGGUCUGUUAAACAAGUUUCAAGUAAAUUCAUUUGACAGUCAUCGUAUUAAAUAGCUAAUGUAAAUAGUACUCAUUUUAUUACCGGGCAUUGAUUUGGACUGUGACUUUUGUAUUUGAUCGGCUUAUACAUUUAUGUAGCCAGUAUUAUGUACUUAGUUGUGGAAUAGGCCCUUAACAACUAUACAUAGUUUAUUGGACAUAAUAUGUGUUCGAGUGUAUACAAUGCAUCAUUAAAAUUUGUGUUGAAUAAAUACAGCGCCAUCUGUUCUCAAUAUAUCGAAACAGUAGGUAUCCCGUAUAAAGUAGUAAAUAAUAGGACGAGCAUAAAUGUGACCUCCUACCAUUUUUUUUACGGUGUAGGUACCUACAAUUAUUUUGUAAACAAGUUGAUGACUGGAGCGGUAAUGACACUUUGGUAAUAUUUUUAUUAUUAUGAAGAGCUUAUAGUUAUUAUGUUUAUUUGAAAUGUUAAGUACUUAAAAUUAUGGUACCUUUAUAAUUGUUAUCAAUAAAUGAAUAAUAUUAA